GAGCCAGUUUCCUUCUUGCCCUCGAAGCGGACGGUCGUGCAGAGCGAACGAAUUUCCCAAACGAGUGAAUUUAUCAUUAAACGAAUUUCCCAAACGUGCUGUUUUAAUAUUUGGGAGUUAUUGUGUUCUUUUUUUGUACGCGGGUAUCGUAAAUAGUCACACUUUAUUAGUUUUUCUUUUUUCGUGUUUUUGUUGUUAUUUUUUUGAUUUUUUUACGGUGUUUUUUUUUGUAUUUUUGUUUGGAGUGAUUUGUUUUUUUUUUGUUUUGACUGAAGAUCAGCAGAGGCGGCGCCGCGGCUUCCAGUGAAAACAAAUACUGAGCUAUGAGUCUGGGAUACCAUUAAGAUAGAACGAAAUAUUGACGAACCUACCCUCUGCAUCGAUGAAGAAAUGAUCGGGAGCACGGGAGCCUAAACGGAAUCAAAGAUGGCGGUCACCAUAGACAAUUCAACGAACGACUUCGAAUUCCAGAAGCCAUUCAACUACUCAAUUAACGAGAACAUCACCUACUUCGAUUACACGAACUUCACUUCGGACGAUUUCUGCGCAUCAAACAACUCACACGUAUACUUAAACGUCACCUGUGAGUUCGCUAUAAGCUAUGCUGAGCCUAUGUACGGGUACAUCGCACCGUUUCUGCUAGCUACAACGACAGUUGCCAACACCCUGAUCGUGGUGGUGCUAUCGCGGAGGCACAUGAGGACGCCCACCAAUGCCGUGCUGAUGGCGAUGGCUCUUUGCGAUAUGUUCACCAUGCUGUUCCCGGCGCCGUGGCUAUUCUACAUGUACACUUUUGGAAACCACUACAAGCCGCUAAGUCCCGUCAGAGCCUGCCAAGCUUGGAAUUACAUGAACGAGGUCAUUCCAGCGAUGUUCCACACGGCUAGUAUCUGGUUGACGUUAGCCUUAGCCGUCCAGAGAUAUAUCUACGUUUGCCACGCGCCCGUCGCCAGGACCUGGUGUACCAUGCCCCGGGUGAUGAAAUGUCUGAUCUACAUAGGAAUAGCGGCGUUUCUUCAUCAGCUACCGCGGUUCUUCGACAGAUGCUACACUCCCCACAAGACUGUGUGGCGGGGGCGCGUGGAGGAAGUCUGCAGAAUCGAGAUGGCGUCUUGGGUGAAAGCGCUCUCCGUCGACGCCUAUUUCAUCUCCUACUUCGGCUUCAGAGUUUUGUUCGUCCACUUAAUCCCGUGCACAUCUUUAGUUGUCCUGAACGUGCUCCUCUUCAGGGCCAUGAGGACGGCCCAAAUAAACAGACAGAAGCUGUUCAAAGAAAACCGAAAAUCGGAGUGCAAGAGACUCAGAGAUUCUAACUGCACCACCCUGAUGUUGAUAGUCGUGGUCACGGUUUUCCUCCUCGUGGAAAUACCCGUGGCCGUCGUCACUAUCCUCCACAUAAUAUCCAGCACGAUUGUCGAGAUCUUGGACUACCAUAUCGCGAAUAUUCUCGUUCUGGUAACGAAUUUCUUCAUUAUCGUUUCCUAUCCAAUCAACUUUGCUAUAUAUUGCGGUAUGUCGCGUCAAUUCAGGGAGACCUUCAAAGAAUUGUUUAUCAGAGGCACGGUUACUAGUAGGAAGAACGGUGGCUCCAGUAGGUACUCUCUUGUCAAUGGCCCGAGGACCUGUACAAACGAAACUGUGCUUUAAGCCCCCAUUCAUAAAGUCUCUUAUCAAAAUGUAUCUUAAGAUUUUUUGUACUGUCUGUAUUUUGGUAAACAUAUCAAAGUUUUAUGAAAAUUUACGCUGAUUUUUAUUUUUCGUCAGCUAAACACAUCAAGCGAUGCGGUCAGCGUGUUAAUGUUAACACAUUUAUUAAUUCAUACACAAAAUUCAUUGUAGAAUACAUACUAUUAAUUCAUACACAACAUUCAUUGUAGAGUAGGUAAAUACUACUGGUUAAAAAGGUUCUCUCGUAAAAUAAAAAUGUUAAUUUAAACCUAUUAUUACGAUAAAUGUGCUAAUAUUGUAAAUUAAAACUUAAAAUUUAUCUAAAAUCGCUUUAUGUAUUUAUAUUUCAAUUAAAUUCAAUUUUUAGAUUUUCUCAUGAAACUAUCUAAGAAUAUAUAUUAUAUAUAUGUUUAGAGGUCUUUAGUAGCGUAUGUAAAUGCUAAAGAUAAUAUUUUUUAAGGCUUUAAAAUGUAUCAAACAUUUUUUUUUUCAGAUUUUACACUAAGCAAGUUAAUUCAAGUAGUUAAUCUGAUACUUUUUCAAGGUCUUGUGGUUACCGUAUCAUAAAUUAAGUAUAAACUAUUACAUUAAAAAUAUACUAAACUAUAAGUGUAAUCUAUGAUACAUUAUAAUAUAUAUUAUAAGUAUACUAUAUAUCUGUAAGUACAUAUUAUAUUUUAUUUUUAUGGUUAGCUAACCACAUCACCAGCAAAUGGUAGAGCCCACCAUUUAGAAAAAGUAUCUAAAAUAUUUGUAUAAUAUAUUUAUUUAGGCAAAGACAAAAUAGUUAAGUACCACUUUUUCCUCUGAUUGUCGGCCUAUUUUCUUUCAUUAUUUCUUUUUCCAUUAGUUUCUGACAUUCUUCAGUCUAAAUAUUUUGAAUAUAGAAGGAUAAAAUUGUUUUUAAUAUGAAUAAAAUAAAAAAUAAAAUAAUGACGUACAUAAAACAGCUCUUGAUGUGUCCACGUUAAUGUAUAUAAAUAUCCUUAGAUAAAAGUAUGUCUAUAAUUAAAAAAAAACGUGCUUAAACUAUUUAGAAUUUUAUAUAUAUACACAUAAGUUUGUGAGGUGUAACUUAAUAAAUUUUGUAUAAAUAAUACAUAAUUAAUUGUAAUAACGUCUUUAUUUUGUUGUUGUGAAUAGUAUUUUCGCUUAUUUCAUACUACAUAUUAUAUAGAUUAAUGUGUGAAACUUAACUUAGUACCUAUAUUAGCCACGGUGAGAUUAUGAAAGUCUUUUAGAGGAUUAUUAUUAAAUAUAUCUUAUGAAGUCA